AUGUCUUCGGUUUAUGAGAAGGAGCAGAAUACUUUGGGUCUGUUGAAAGCAGUCGAUCACCAGCCUCUCCAAGAGUUGCAGGCCAUCCUGAAAGACAUCAUCGACCAGAGCCCGGAGGGUCGCGAAAUCGCAUCGAAGUGGUUGUUUCCUGAGGAGAAGGAUGUUCAACCCGAGCCAGAAAUCCCGAGCACGUACGAUACCCCCAUCCCUGUCGUGCCCCUCUCGGACGAAACCUGCGAAUGGAGGUCUCUGGCCAAUACCAGAGCGCCAGUCAGCCAGGACAUCUGUAUCUACUGCCGGGAGCCUUUUGACGUCACCCGAAACUCGAGGACCAGCUGCAAGUACCAUGUUUUUCCCGAUAUGAUCAACCACGAGUUCCUCUAUGUUGAGACCGAGGCUGAGGCCAGUUUCGACAAUGACGAGUUCCGCCAGGCCUUUCCCGAGAACUUUACCUAUGCGUGCUGUGGAAGUGACUUGACCGGGAAGCAGUGUCAGGUCGGUUGGCAUCGGGUUGCGGAUCCGACUGAGCGUCUUCCCAAGCUGACUUUGAAGAAGGAGUUCCGUCCAGUUUAA